AUGGGCGGGGCAGCCGGAGAAGCUCACAGAGAGCUCCCGAUAGCCGCCGCCAGGAACGACCAAGGUCUCGUGACAGAAGGCGGCGCUCUCGAAGCCCAGGCUCUCCCGGCCGGCAUCGCCGUCACCGGCGUCGGUCCCAUGAUGGAGACCGUGAGAGGGGCCGCGGAGAUGGUCACGACAGCCGAGCCGGCAGGCAAGAAAGGGCCCUUGGCGAUGGGCGUUCAGGCCGCCCAAGACGGCGCAGAGAUGACAGCGAAUCGGACGGGGACGGUCGAAGACACCGUCGAAACCCUCUCGGGAGUGCUGGCCGCGGCGUCCAACUCGGUUGCCCAGGCCGAUGGUUCAUCCAUUGUCCUCAAGUACCACGAACCACCCGAGGCUCGGAAGCCGCCGGCCCGAGACCAGUGGAAGCUCUUCGUCUUCAAAGGGGGCGACGUUGUCGACACCAUUGACCUCAGCUUGAGAAGCUGCUGGUUGGUUGGGCGAGACAUGGCAGUCGUCGACUUGCCAGCUGAGCACCCCAGCAUUAGCAAGCAGCACGCUGUGAUACAGUUCCGUUACACGGAGAAACGAAACGAGUACGGAGACAAGAUUGGCCGAGUGAAGCCGUAUCUGAUCGACCUGGAAAGCGCCAAUGGGACCCGACUGAAUGAUGACAAAGUCCCCGAUGGUCGGUACUUGGAGUUGCGAGACAAGGAUAUGAUUCAGUUUGGUAACAGCACCCGAGAAUACGUCGUCAUGCUGGCGCCCAAAGAUUAA